UUUAUCAUGUUCAACUGAAGCACCUUUAUCUUUGUUUUCUUCUAAUGUUUGUCUUAGUAUAUUGCAAGAGUGAGCUUUGUGCUCUGAUUCAUAUGGCUCCAUUUUUUUUUCAGUUUUUGGUAAUUAAGAAAUCAUUCAGAGACCUGAGAAAUUCAGCUUGCUAAGUUUUAAUCAUUGAAAACCUCAGGCCCAGAAAGGAUGGCAGCUAGAUGCUUGAAAUAUGUUGAACCUCAGAGGUUUAAAAGAAAUGUUCUUCAGGGGGGAGGGGAAACCGCUUGCCAAAGCAUAUUUUUUUUUAUUUUUUCUCCUUUUAAGUGAUUGUAGCAAGAAGUAUUCAUUUUGCAGCCAGUAAGCUGUGUAUUUCUUGCCAAUACAAGCUAGUCCUAUGGAGUGCAGUUCUGUUAUUUCUAGCUCAGUGUAGUUUUGGCAGAACUCAAACUGCUAUAAUAAUAUUAACUGAAAAGACACUUAAGGUUUAACCUUUGUGCUUUUCUACUUUCUCCCAUUAGAAUCAACUCACUAGGAAAUGGGAGGGAUAAGGACAGUGAGAGGAGAGCAGCUUUUGAUUUUGCUACUUUUAUCUACUUAAAACAUGUAUCUGUCAAACUACAUAAAGUGAAAAUAGCUUGUCAGAUAGGUGRCAGUUGGUGUGGUCUGUAGGUGAUGUUACUAAAGAUAGCAGUAUUUCCUUCAAGUCAUUAAAAACAGUGUUUUCCUGUGGGUAAUUUGGUUAACAUUAAAGGUUUGUUCUUGGUAACCACAUUGCUUGUGAGUGAAAAGUAUCUACAGUGAAAUCCUGUAUGUUUCUGCUUUGUCAAUGUGUAUUCAUAUGAAUAAGGUGUCUUAAUGAUUUUUAUAUUGCAUAACAUUGCUAGUGAGCAUGAGCUUCAUCUUAUUCUCAAAGAAUAAAGAGAUGAAAUCGUAUUUUUUAUUAGAGACAAGCUAAGUGCAAAAGCAAGUCCUCCCUGACUAAUAGGGUCAGUUUGUUUUGGAAAUUGCUUUAAUGUUCAUAAAGUACUUAUUUACUGGAGAAACUUGCAUUUUCUUCUGUGUCCUGUUACAAUUUGUAUCUUGAAACCGUAUGGUGCAAACUUUGCAUUUGUCUGUUACAACUGUAUAAAGAAAAAGAAUCRGACUACCUAUGUUGAAUAUGAAUAUUCUUUAAGUGUAUGCAGUCCUGAAGCUCUUUAGAGUAAUGGAGACUUGUAAAUAUGCUUUUAUGUCUGUGAAAGGAUACAGUUGAUAAAGCACAUUGCACUGUAAAGAGAACAAAUAGCUUGUUAACACAAGGUGGAUUUGGUCUCCUCUAAGUGAGCAAUUCUGGAAGCUUAUGAACAGUGGGACUCUUCAACAGCUGAGGAAAAGCAAGACUUUAACCAAGCUGCAUGAGGCAUGCAGGAGCCAGAUGGAUGUCUCCAGCUGCUUGUAUUCAGAUGGAAGCUGUACCCGCGGAUGCUCAGGGACGUGUCCGUGAUGGACCUGUCCACCUCCGUCUUGGGGCAGCCGAUCAGCGUGCCGGUGUGCGCGGCAGCGACCGCGAUGCAGCGCCUGGCUCAYGCCGACGGCGAGACGGCCACCGCGGCAGCUUGCCAGGCAGUGGGGACAGGAAUGAUGCUGAGCUCCUGGGCCACCUCCUCCAUUGAAGAGGUCGCUGAGGCAGCUCCCGCUGGCCUUCGCUGGCUGCAGCUCUACAUAUACAAGGACCGGGAGGUCACCGAAUCGCUGGUGAGGCGCGCCGAGCGGGCCGGCUACAAGGGCAUCUUCGUGACGGUGGACACGCCGUUCCUCGGCAGGCGCUUCGACGACGUGCGCAACAAGUUCCAGCUGCCUCCCCACCUCAGACUGAAAAACUUUUCAAGCGAUGAUUUGGCCUUCUCCUCUGGGAAAGACUUUGGAGAAAACAGCGGCCUGGCUGCGUACGUUGCCGAUGCCAUUGACCCAAGCAUCAAGUGGGAGGACAUUAAGUGGCUUCGCAGUCUGACUUCGCUGCCCAUUGUGGCCAAAGGGAUCCUCAGGGCUGAUGAUGCUAAAGAAGCUGUGAAGAAUGGGGUMAAUGGGAUUCUGGUGUCAAACCAUGGAGCAAGACAGCUGGAUGGAGUCCCUGCAACAAUUGAUGUCUUGCCUGAAAUCGUUGAGGCUGUAGAGGGAAAGGUGGAGGUGUUCCUCGAUGGUGGUGUAAGAAAAGGCACGGAUGUUCUCAAAGCGUUGGCUCUUGGAGCCAAAGCAGUGUUCAUUGGAAGGCCUCUCAUCUGGGGCUUGGUUUAUCAAGGGAAAGAAGGAGCAAAGGAAGUUCUGCAGUUGCUGAAGGAAGAGUUUCGCCUGGCAAUGGCCCUGACGGGAUGCCGGAGCGUAGAAGAAAUUGACAGGACGCUGAUACGAAGAGAUCAACUAAGUGCUUCCAAGAUUUAGGAUCGAAGAUACACACCUCAGCUGCUGUAACUUGUAUGUGAAGUGUGUUACUGGAUAAAAAGCAACUGCAUCUACUCUGGGCCUUGUCCUGCCAUCCUUACUGAGGAGGGCUGGCCUGUUGCUCUGCAUGAGAUCAUUUGUUCAAGUAGCAUUUGAAGCACUUUCUACAGGUGUUCCCAUAUACUGCUUGGCUCUUUUGGAAAGCUGUACUGUGGGUUAUGAUUGGAGAGAUGGGCCCUUAUACUAGACCAAAACACAAAUUCAAAGGUGUUUCCUAACUAAUCAUGUGUAUAAAAAUGUUAACGCUAACUUGCAUGACUUGAAGUAACUUCGCUGUUAAAAUGAAACUAUAAAGAUGUUUUGAUAGCAAACAAUUAUGAAAAUGUGGAACUUCAAAAUGCCAGGAAUAUUUCUUGUUGAGAAGAAACUACACUUCA